CAAAGACUAUGGCCGGUCCUCCCGGAUGUCGCAGUCAUGUGUCUCUAGAAGUUUUGUAUCGUCGCGGGGUUGUUCAUAUCAAGGAUGGCUGUGCAAACGGAGAGAGGAAUCCCGCUCAGUGCGCUUAAUCCAAAGUUCCUUCACACCAACUCCACCAGCCACACCUGGCCCUUCAGUGCUAUUGCAGAGCUGAUAGACAAUGCUUACGACCCAGAUGUGAGUGCCAAACAGUUUUGGAUUGAUAGGACGGCAAUCAGAGGUCAAGACUGUCUAAUUUUCAUGGAUAAUGGAGCAGGAAUGAAUUACGAUAAGAUGUACAAAAUGCUCAGUUUUGGCUUCAGUGACAAGGAGACUAUAAACGGCCAUGUCCCUGUGGGCCUCUACGGCAAUGGAUUCAAGUCUGGUUCCAUGCGCUUAGGAAAGGACACCAUUGUGUUUUCCAAGAAUGGAGAGUCCAUGUGUGUGGGCCUUCUGUCCCAGACGUAUCUUCGGGAGAUGCAUGUGGAGAAUGUCAUUGUACCCAUUGUCUCAUUCAAACGCAUCGGACAGUCAUUCCGACCUGAGUCACAACACGCGGCAAGUCUUCAAGAUAUCCUGCGCUACUCUCUGUUCCAGACGGAGGCGGAGCUUCUCUGUGAGCUCAAUGCCAUCAAUGCACACUAUGACACAGAGUCCACAGGAACACGAAUCAUCAUCUGGAACCUCCGCAAAACAUCCACAGAUAAAUCUGAGUUUGACUUUGACACAGACCGCUAUGACAUCCAGAUUCCAUCUGAAGUAUAUGAGAGUGAAAAGGAGAAAUACAAGCAACCGUCUCACUCAUUUCAGUCAAGCCCAGAGAGUGACUUCUCCCUGCAGGCAUACUGUAGUAUCCUAUACUUGAAGCCCAGAAUGCAGAUUAUCAUUCGUGGACAGAAAGUGAAAACCCAACUGAUCUCUAAAAGCCUGGCAAACAUUGUCAAGGAUAAAUACAAACCCAACUUUCUAAAUAGAGAAAGCAUACCCAUCAUAUUUGGCUACAACACAAAGAGCAAAGACCAUUAUGGAGUCAUGAUGUACCAUAAAAACAGGCUCAUCAAAGCCUAUGAACGUGUUGGAUGUCAAACCAAGGCAAAUGAAAAAGGAGUGGGAGUCAUUGCAGUGAUUGAGUGCAACUUCCUUAAGCCAACACACAACAAGCAGGACUUUGACUACACAGAAGAGUACAGGAAAACCAUGAACACUUUGGGUGUGAAACUGGAAGAGUAUUGGAAAGCAAUCUGCCAUAAGAAGGGAUUAAACACUACAGUACCUAUGGAGGAUAUCCCGAAGCGUCCUGAUCAGAACUGGGUUCAGUGUGAUUAUUGUCUGAAAUGGAGGAAACUUCCAGAUGGCAUUGACAUGAAUAAGCUCCCUGAAAAAUGGUUCUGUCGAUUAAAUCCAGACCCCCAGUUCAGAACAAAAAGAAGUCUUGGUUUAUCCCAGAGCCAAACUCUAAAAAGAGCAAGAACAUUACAUGACUGCUGUAGCAUCACACCAGCAGGUAGUCCAUCAACAUCCGCAGCUACAUCAGAUGUCAUAACCUCACCUUUGGAGAUCGCAGAUGAUGAUGGUAAUGAAGUUGAUGAAAACAAUGUCGAGAGCAGUGACUACGAUGAUGUUGUUAUUGAUGAAACCCACAGCACGCCAAGACCCAAACCCUUUGACCUUUCUAAGGUGAAGAUGGAAAAAAAGACCAGCGAAGAUGCACCAGGAUUAUAUAUGGACUGUAGUGAUCAAGCUUCCAUGGAAACUGAAAACACCGGAAAGGAAACAAUGGAGGCAUCGACUUCCAGUGGCCAAACAAGCAUAACAACCCAAACAGAGCGUUUCAUUGUCAAGGCGGAGAAAGACGAGCAGAUAAGAAAGGAAGAAGGUGAGAUCAAGAAGGAAGAGACUGAGAAUGAUGCGAGAAGGAUGGAACAGAGUGCUACUAAGGUGGAAAGCAGGAAAAGUAACAAUACAGAAAUCCCCAUGGAGAUAGAGAGAUGUAGUAGCGUAAAAGUUUUCAGACCAAAUCUUGAAGAAAUAGAGGAGAUACCUAAGGAGAAUAAGAUCAGUUUUGAACAACAUGCAAAGUCAUAUGUAGAAAACCAGGAAGGUAUGACAUCAACUUCCAAAGCCUCACUUUUUUCUGACAUAGAAAUAGACAUUAUGCCAACACGUGAAGCACAGAAGCAACAGGAUAACCUGCUAGAUCUUCUAGAGGCCACAGCCCAGGAGAGAGAUGAAUUCAGAGAGCAAGCUCAGGAGAAAGAAAUCAAACUUUUAAAUCUCACCAUAAAGAAGGAUUGCAGCCAUCAGAGCAUCCAGACAGAUCCAUCAGAGGAACAGCACUAUAAGACUCUCUACUUGCAGGCCACCCAGUCCAUCAACGAGCUUAUGCAAGAGAGGGAUGAGCUAAAAGUGAAACAGGAGGUGUUGUUGCAAAGCAAAGCUGAAAAAGAGGCACAGGAUGAGGCUAAGAAUGAGGAACACUCAUCAACAACGAGCAUUUUUGAAAAUGUAGAUGAUGAAAUGGCUCUUCAAGUGGACUUUCUUCUAAGAGAGCUGGACAAUCGCAACACUGAAUGCAAUGAACUGAGAAUUAAGUUGGAGAGCUUGGAGCAGGAGAAAGCUCACUGCGAACAGUUGCAGAAGGAAGUAGAAGAGCUGAGGAAACAAAGAGAGGCGUGGAGCAAUGCAAGAGAGCAAGAGACUCUGAAGGACAGUAACACUAGUUCAGAACAAACAUGCAGCGCAAGAACAGCUACAAACCUUGUGAAUGGGAUCAAAAAGGAAGGAGAGAGCAGUGAAAGAUCUGUGGCGGGAGAGAACGCAGUGUCACCGGCCAAGUUGAGGGAGCUGCGGUGCAGCAUCGCCCGUUUAUUGGUCACUUUUGUUCCUGCCUUGGACCUCGACCAAGUGAACUAUGACUGUGAUGUCAUAGAUGAGAUUUUAAACCAGGUCAUACAGGAGAUUUCCCCCUCUUAGACCACUUUUACUUAAAGCCAGUUGCCAAAGUGUUCAGCCUAGGUCAUUGUUUUGUGCAUGGUGAUAAAAUGUUCAAAUUUUAUUCCA